UGGUACCGCCCCGGUACCGCCACCGCCCCUGCUCCCGGCACCGUCACUGACACCGACCCUCUGCACCGAGCCCGCCGCCUCCCCCCGACGGCAGCAUGGCUGAGGAAAAUUCUGACAAACCAUAUCUAGAAGAAAGUGCCUUUGAAGCACUGGAAAAAGACUCCCAAGAAUUCAUCAGUUUACUGAGCAGAGAUGAAGCUCUGGAAAAAUUCCGUGUCGAAUAUGAGAAGCUCCUUGCUAUUAUGAAGGAGUCCCGUGAAAAUGAAAAGCAUCUCAUGGAGAAAUGCAGGAAGCUGAGUGUUGAGCUUGUGGAGAAGUCAUCUAAAGUAGCUGUGCUCACCAAACUCACUCAUGAUGAUGGGGAAACUAUAUCAUCAUUGAAGUCGGAGCUUGAAAAGGCCUGGAAAAUGGUGGAUAAAGCCUAUGAACGGGAACAGAAAACUAAGGAAACGAUUGAUUCACUGAAAAAGGAAAUUUCACACCUAAAUAAUUUAAUGAAGGAAAGAGCUGGACAGGAGUACAAUGUUGAGGAUUUGCUAAGAUUUCAAGAAGAGGUGACAGAGGAGCGAGACCAACUGUUAUCAGAAGUUGUGCAGUUACGUCAAAGUCUCACUGAAAUCACAGAGCAGCAGCAGGAAACAGAAAAGGCAAAAAAUGAGGCAGAGCAAGCUGUUUUGCAGCUUCAGCAAGACAUCCAGCUGCGUCAAAACGAGGAAUUACGAGAGGUACGAAAGAAGGAAAAAAUGGAGACUGAGCUGAAAAAUCUUUUAGCUGAAAUGGACAACAAGCAAGCUGAGAUCCAGAAGUUACAGCAACAAAUAGAGAAAGACAAAGAGGAACAACUGAAUAUAGAAAAUAAUCUUAGAGAGCAGAAGAUCUUGAAUGAAAAAGUUGGUAAGGAACUUGAGCAAUUGAAGAUGAAAUAUCAAAAGCUCACAGAAGAGACUGAGCAGCAGAGUGCAAUGAUUGAUGAUGUGAUGAAGGACAUUGGUCAGAAGACAGCACAGCUGAAAGAGAAGGAGGAUGAAGCGGCUCAGAUGCGCCAUGAAAUUUCAAAGCUGAGCAAAAUAAGAGAUGUUCUCCAGAAUAAGCUGCGUACUGCAGAGGAACAAAAAGUUGAUGCAGAACAUGAAAAAAGCAUGCUAAAAAAUCAAAUAAUCAGACUGGAGAAAGAGUUAGAGACAGCCAAAAAGCAGGCAGAGACUGACAAGAGAACCAUAGAUGGGCUUGUGAGGGAAAGGGAUAUGCUAAACCAGAACUUGAUCAAGGCUACAAAUGCUACUCAGAAGCAGAUAGAUUUGGUGAAGCUCCAUGAACAAUCAAAACAGAACUUGGAAUCAGAAAUCCAAAAUUAUAAGAUAGAAGCUCAGAAACAAAGGAAGAUUAUUUACCAGUUGGAGAAGGAGAGAGAGAGUUUCAUCAAGGAAACGAGUGAGCUCAAAGAGAAGAUCCUCCAUCACAUGAAAGAUCUUGAAAUGCAUCAAAUACAGAUCUGUGACUAUGAGAAGGAAGUACAAGUGCAAAUGAUGAAAUUAAAACAGCAACAAAACCUUUGUGAAACUCUGAGAACGGAGAGGACCCUGUACAGUAAAAAUCUGAUUGAAGCUAAGGAUGAGAUAGCAGAAAUGAAGAUGAAACUGAAAACUGCCACACGUCAGCUGGAUCAUCUGAAAGAGGAGCUCAAAGAAAAGGAUGUAGCCCUCGAGAAAGCACACGUGGAUUUCCAGCAGUCAGAGGAUGAGAAAGAGUCUUUGAAAACUGAACUGCUUAAGAUGACAAAACAGGCUCAGGAAACCAAAGCCUAUAUUGCAAAUCAGGAGGCAGAAGAGAAAAACCUCCUAAAAAUCAUUGCUGAAGCUGAUGCAGAGAGACAGAAGCAGAAGAAGGAAUUUGACAAGGUGCUCUCUGAGAGACACGCCCUGGGGACCCAGCUUAUCCGUCGCAACGAUGAGGUGGCGCUGCUCUAUGAGAAGAUAAAGAUCCAGCAGGCCAUCUUAAACAGGGGCGAAACCGAGUACAGGCAGAGGAUGGAAGACAUGCGCAUUCUCAAGCUGGAGAUCAAAAAACUUCGGCGUGAGAAGGGAAUACUUGGCAAGAGUGUGGCUAAUGUGAAGGAGCUCAGAUGGGAGUUUAAUCACAUGCAGAAGGAACUGUUAAGGGAACAGACUCGGUGCAAAAUUUUGGAAGAUGAACUGCAGAAGCCCAUGCAAGUUCACAGAUGGAGAAAAUUAGAGGCCAGUGACCCCACUACCUUUGAACUGAUUAUGAAAGUGCAGAGACUACAGAAGCGACUUAUCAGCAAGACAGGUGAAGUGAUAGAGAAAGAAUUUCUCCUUCAGGAAAAGGAGAAGCUGUAUGUGGAACUGAGGCACGUGUUGGCCCGGCAGCCCGGGCCCGAAGCCGUGGAACAGCUGCAGCAGUACCGGAACGUUCUCCGGGAGAAGACAAAGCAGAUCAAAGUUUUGUCCUCAGAACUGAGUAUGUGUGAAACACAGAGCAAAGAAUACAAACAUGAAAUUGAAAGACUUAACAAUGAGCUUCUGGAAGUGAAAAAGAAAUACCUGUCUCAGAAACGGAAGGAACAACAGAAGAAGGAGAAGGAGCGAUCCAGCAUUGAUAUGGGGAUGAAAUUACCACCCCUCAAGACUGCUGUACCUCAGUUCAACAUGGGGGGCUUUCCUUUAAGCAAACCCAUUCCCAAAAUUGCAGUCUAG